AUGAAUGACUCGGAGAGUGACCCGUACGAAUCGGUACAAAACUCUGAGAGAUCCGAUAUCUCUGAUGAUAAUGAUAGUCAUCAGGAAACAGAGUUGCAUGACAACUCUAAUGUUAUUUCUUUAGAGGCAGAAUCUGAUGGAGAAAGAUUUGAUCCUACAGAAGGUGAGAAUUCAUUCUCGCUUGAUGGCAGCGUGGCUACUUAUUGUCAGAAAUAUUUUUAUCAACAUCUGACAGAAGACAGCAUCAAACGUAACAUUUUAGAAGCUGCCCCCGUGCCUGCGAAUGCUUUCUGUACACCUCCCAAAGUUGAUGAUUUUGUGGAGGAUUUCAUAGAUUGUAAUGCUUUGAACUUUUUGAAAAUGCAGAAUAAAAGCCUGACAUUUAUUCAAAAGAAAAUCGCUCAGAUUAUGGGGCCGUUGGCAAAAAUCUGGCAGGCUGUAGAUGGGGCACGGAAGGGUCAGGAAGAAAAUUCAGAGUUCACAGUUCUCGACAUGCUGAAACUGGUAGAACAAACAGUUGUUUUAGUUGGUCAAGCUAAUGCCACGUGUUUGUACGAGCGGCGUGUUAAUUUCUUGGCGAAAAUAAUGAAAGGUGUUAAGAAAGCGAAAGAACAUCUUAAGACUAAUGAGCAUGAUUUGAGUAGAGAGAAGGAUGUGCUCUAUGGUGAGACAGUAUUUAAGGCUCUUGACAGAAAGAGCAAAAGCAGAAAAAGAGCCAGAGAGUAA